CCCAUCACCUGAUCUUAAUCCAGCGUAACAGGAGUUUUAGGUGUGGGAAAACAAGAUUUCCCAGAUAAGGUUUGUCAGCGCUCAAUCACUGUGUUUUUAUGUAGCAGCACAAACCAUGCUAAAAAUAUCACAUGCAAAAUUAUGCAAUCAGCAGCAUUCCAAUGAAGCAACACGACUGUAACAGCUGUAACUGACAGGUAUAAUAGUACUGUAAUGGUGCACAGAGGCACAAAUUAAGAAGGAGCUUAGUGCAAUCAUAAUAUUGUGGAACUUUAGAAAGGAAAGGAUAAUCUGUGUAAAGCGAGAAGAACAGGGAGAGACUCAGCCCAGGGGAGGAGCAGUGCGGAUCUCAGGAAGUGCCAUAUCCAUGCUAGGAUUGCAUGGGGUUUCACAGACAGGACACAAACCAGUGACAUGCAGCAACUAUCUUUGCCGUAGAUGACAGCAUACUAUUCCAUUUUCCAGCAUAUUGUCUAUAAGCCAGGACCAAAUUAUCUGUCUGCAUAAUAUGACAACAGGUACCGUAUAUUGAUGUCAUGGAGCACCCUGCGCAGAGAAAGAGCAGAAAGGUUUCUGUAUGAAUGGAGGCAUAUGUUAUAGCAUAGGUCCUAAGCAACUCUGCAGAUGUGUUGACAGCUACACAGGUGAGCGCUGUGAAGAAAUCCUUUUGGCCAGUGUGGAAAGUGAACCAAGAAGUGACUUUUUAAUAAAUUUCCUGGUUAUAUCAAUUUUCUUGGGCCUAAUAUCUUUAGGUUUAAUCUACUUUUGCUGCAGGUGUAAGAAGACAUUGGGUGAAGACUGGACCUUUAACUGCAUCUUAUUAGAAGUGAUACGAUGAUUUGCAUUAUAUCAAGCGCUUUUACUGCUCCUGGGGAUUUAGGAUACAAUGUCACCUAUAGACUCUGUUCUCAUGCUCUUUGGGAAACUGUCCUGAAACAUUUGCUGCACAAUCUGGAUCUCAUUACAUGAAUGUAACAGUGCUUUCUGAUCUAUUAGCUUUCUGUACAAUAGAUGCAGGAUAAAAUCUACUAUGGUUUUACAAUUACCCAAGCCACACCUUGAAAUGAAGGUCGAAACUGACAGAUAUGUGCUGAUGUCAUUCUAGCGUAAGGCUACAUGCGACAAGGAAGAUGAGUGUCAUUUCUAUGUACAGGAUGACUUCUCCUACAAAGAAAAUGAUGACGUGUCAUCACUGACUGGCAAUUAAUAGAAACAACAUCAGAAGCUAGCAAGUCAUAGUAAACCAUAAGUUGUUAAUUAUAUACACCAGAAAUUACUGUGGAUUCAGUAGGUACAGUGAAUAGGAAAGACAGUGGCUAAAGAAAGUAUUUACCCCCAUUGGCAUUUUUCACAUUUUAUAUUUCAUAUUGCUGACCAACACACAACACUCUACUACCGAACAAAAAUCAGAACCAUUGUGAUUCACCCCCCCCCCCCCCCACCACCCUACACUCACAAGUGACACACAAAACAUAACUGACAAUUGAUAAAGUCAUCCCAUUUGCUAUCACCGAAAUGAAUGAUGCAAUCACUCCAAAGUUCACACAAUUGACUGUAGUAGUCUGUUAAAUAUUAUAUUGUUUCAAAACACUUAUGGCCAGUCUAUUUCUGGGCAAGUGCAUUCAAAGCACAUCAAAUGAUAGGUUAUAUUGAAAAGUAUCAAUAAGCGUCAGGCCAUAAUAGUUCAAAGACUUUUAGUAAACCCACAGAGCACUGUCAAGUCCAUCAUGAAAACAUGUAGAAAAUGAAUUUGUCUUGGAUUCAUGCAUGUUAGGGGGACCAAGAGGUCAAUGACAAACUUAAGUUACAAUAUUCUAUGGCAGAGAUGGAAGAAAAUGGUCAAUGUGCCUGGGCAUGUCACAAAUCUGCACUUUAUUGAGGAGUAGCAAAAAGAAAACCACGCAAAAAAUUUGCAUGCAGAAUAUCCUAAUACCAGAUUAAGGCAGAGUCUGCUGUCUGAUGAGGCCAAGAGUGAAAUGUUGAACUCAAUGCUAGGUGAUGUGUGUGGCGCAUGCAUCACGUCAAACUGACGUCAUCCGAAGAACACAAACGCACCUUGUAGCAUGGAGGCUGGAGUAUAAUGCUGUGGGAAUAGUUCUCUACUUUUGGGACUGGAAUUCUUGUAAAAAUAUAGUGCAAAAUGGAUGGAGCAAAAUCUAGAGAAAUAUUGGAGAAAACCCUGCUGCAGUCUGCAGGCCUAGUAUUCUUGAAGGACAAUGACCCAAUGCACACAGCUUUGGAUUAAACACAAAAAUAAAAUCACUGUAUCAAUCUUGAAAAAAAAAGAAAAAAGGGCGAAGUUUUAAUCCAGGAUGCAACGCUAAUAGAGACACAUGGUUGUAACUGCAGCUAGUGGUGCUUCUACCAAGUGGUAAAUACAUAUUAAAUCGAGAGUGCCUGUUUUAUGUUAUUUGUGAUUAACUUAACGAAGUAUGUUAUAUUUUGAUACCAUUACAGAAUGCUUGUGUGGGUAAGAUUCCCAUAUAUAUUUUGAUUAUAUGAUGUAAGAAAAUAAAGUGUGUAAAAUGCCAAAAGAGGGUGAAUACAUUUUACAGCCACUUAAUAAACUUGGGGUCUGAUUCAGAGCUAGAUGGAAGUUCAAUGCCCCAUGUAAGCAGCAUUGAAUUUCCGUCCGAUUUCUAGGAGGGACAUUCAGUAGAAGUAGAAGAAACACCUCCUGCAACAAUCCCAGCACUGCAGCCGACAUCACAAGAUGGAAUCCAACAUCGUAACUAUUGGUUGCAAUGUUCCAUGCAGUCAGCCAGCCAGCCGAGUAACCCUCAGCUUGUGCAGGUGGGCCAAUGGAAGCGAGGGCUGCAAAUCCAGGAAUUAUGCGUGGUGACACUUGGCUCUCCCCUCCCAGAAAAUGGGGGAGACACAGCCCUCCCUCCGCUCCCCAUUAAUGCCACUGUCGAUCAGGCAGAGGCAUCGGGGAACUAUGGGCGUCAUAACAUUACAUGACCCAUUCUGCGCAUUUGCAGAAUGGGCCUUGCGCAGCAUUCCGCAUAAUCGGGAUUCUGCGUGCAGCCCCUCUCCUGUGCAAAUCUCUAAAUCAGACCCUUAGAUGCCUAAAGACACAAUAAAGUCAAUGUGAAAGUACAACAAGUAAAUACAUUUUUAAAUGUAUGGGUUUAUGUCUUGUUUGUAUAAUUGGAAUCUACGGACACUGAGCAUUAAAAUCUGAUUAGUCUGUUACAUUAAUAUGUACAAUUAAACUAUAUAGCUCCUUCCCAUCAGAAGGAGAGUCAGUGUGCCAGAUGUAAAAACGCUAUGUUAUGUGACCCUGGCUUGGGUGUUUGUCCUCUUAUAGAGUAUAUAGUUUAGCAUUGUAAAGAAAUAGUCAGUUAAUUUAAAUGUAUAAAUAUUCUGCACUUCAGAUGAUAAACAACUAGUACUUGGAUGUAGCAUUAUUUAGAAAUUACUUUGAGCUACAGAAAUAGAUGUACAAAAAAAAGGGUGCUUAGAUCACAGUAUGUAUAAUAUUUAACUUUAUUAAAUAUAUUUACAAUUUCAA